AUGUUCCUCCCCCUGGCCACCGGUUUAUCGCGGUGCCCGCUGCGCUUUAUGAGAGUGCGAAGUGCGCGUGUCAAGGGCUCGCUCUGCACGCCCAUCCACAAGCUGAUAAUGGAGUGCGUUCUCACGGGCUUCGUCAGGCCGCUCUCCUUGCCAGCGACCGUGUGGGACCCGAUGCGACGGCUGCUCAUCUCCGUGCUCACGUUCGUGCUGGACGAGCCAAACAUCGUGUGCCACCUGUACCUGUCCCGGAGGCUGGCGCUGGACCGGGGGCGGUGGCUGCUGGCGCCCCACCGCAGGCGUCGCGUUGUAUUACACGAUCUCCUACCUCCUCGUGCCUGUGCGUCUGGUGACAUUGCGGCCCUGCUCAAGUCUGUCCAGCUUCUGGUCAACGUGCGCAUGUCCGUGCCGUCGGUGAACCAGGUGUUCCCCGUCGGCUGCUGCGCAGGCUCUGAUCUGCAGAAGGUGUCUGGCUAUACCAAUUCUCUCGCUAGCUCUUCUGGUCCGCGCAGUGUCCUCACUGCCUCCUCGCCUACGCCGCCGCGUGCGGCUGUGAAUUCGUCCAUCGCGUCCGACCUCGACUUCGAGACCGAGCUUUGCUUGUUCGAGGAAUUGGCUGCUCGUCAGUGUCCUCCCGAUCUGCAUGCCGAACAUCUGCAAGACCGCCGAGCAGGUGGUCUUCCUCAUGUGGCCUCGGCGUCGUGCAUUUCGGCGCCCCCUUCGGCGUCGGCGGGUUCUGCGGCAUCCCCACCGCGUGCUAUCUCGACGCCGAGUGGUUCUUCUGGCGCCCGUUGUUUUCGGUGCGGGGGCUCCACGGUGUUCAUCCGCAACGAUCUCCGGCCUUGCGAGUGCCCUGGAGCGCAGAUCGACUGGUCGAGCAUUCCUGGUUACGCUGACCUCGUCUUUGUCGAAGACUCCGACGGCGACCAUGCCAAGGCCAGCAAUGACGACAACACCUGA